UUUAGGGUUUGAAGAAUCCACAUAGUUGGCUAUAGCUGUCGAUUCAAUAUUAUUGUUGUACGUAUUUGGUAGUCCGAAGUCUUUUUCUUUUAAAGUAAAAUAAUGCAGCUUUGCGGAGUGUGUAGUGAGCAGGUACCGAAAUACCGAUGUCCUGUAUGCAGAACUAGAUACUGUUCGUUAGGCUGCUACAAGAAUCACAGAGGCACCGACGCUUGCCAGCCGCUGAAAGAGACUGCACUCCCGGCCCCCGUACCGUGUCAAAGUGCAUCUCCGAGCGCCGCGAAUGAGCCUUGGACUGUUGAUGACUUACUGGAUGAGAAUGAGCACUCGGAUAAAGUGCCGCUGGAGAGACUGCAGCAGCUAGGUGAGUCUGAAGCCCUUAAAGGCUUAUUGAGAAACCCUCACCUGCGGCAGCUCCUGGCGUCCGUGGACACGGCGGAGGACAAAGCCCAGGCCAUGAAGACGGCCAUGCAGGAGCCUCUGUUUGUGGAGUUCGCCGACCAGUGCUUAAAAGUGGUCGAGCCGUCAGAGAAAGAGGCAGAUGAAGAAGACGACGGGAUUUAGUUUUUUUAUUAUGUGUGAUCAGAGUCAUGAAUGCUAAUGAGAUCCUUAAUGUCACACACCCGCAAACUAGAGAUGUACUGUGAACUGUGGGUAGAGGCAGCCAGAGGGGUGUACAUCUCCCUUUAAAAUGAGAACACGGCUGUUUUCCAGGAUUCAGUGAAGCUGUGUGUCAAGUCUUGAAGAGGCUUAAGAAACCUUUGAUAUUGUUUAUCAGUCGUUUUUAGACUGAAGUGUACGGAGUUGUAAUUUGCAGGGAUGAGCUGACUUUCAUCAUCACCCUGUGAAGGUCAUUGUGGCUGAAAUUGAAUAGAAGAUUAUGAAUAUUUUCUUGUAUAUAAUGUUAGAGAUGCUUAUUUUUUUUUUUAAAUGAUGGAUGAUCUCGGCCGGAAAUAAAUAUGAAGAAACGCAAUAACGCAGCAGACAUACUGUAGGAAGUCUGUGUCUGUUUCCAUAGUUACACUAUCAUUCCGGAAGCCUACAUCAGCAGUGAUUUUCUACCAAACAGUUCAUGUCAUUAGAUUAUGGAAUGCAUAUA